AUGGCCACCCAUAACCUGGCAGCAGGCCAAUAUACCGUCACCAUCAAUGGUCUGAUCAUUCACUAUACCAUUCGUUCUUCUGGUGCUGGCCUUCCUCCCUUGGUUAUCCACCCACCACCAUGGGGUUGCGGAGUCGAAAUAUACUAUUCAACAUUCGCACGGCUCGAGGCAACAUACACCUUGAUAUACCCUCAACCACGUGGCAACGACUCAUCUCAAAGGCCCGAUGACCCGGCCCAGAUGUCCAGCCGCCACAUCGUGGACGAUCUAGACCUGUUCCGCCAGCAUCUCGGCCUCGAGAAGAUCAGCGUUCUCGGCCAUUCCAGCGGCGGCACGAUCGCACUGGGCUAUGCAAUAGCAUACCCGGACAAAGUAGACAAAGUGGUCCUUCUCGACACUGACUUAUUGGGCUACACCAGAAAGGAUAACUCAUUCUUCGAAGCUGUGACAUCGAUUCAAACCUCACCGGGUGUGUCGGUAACGAACGACGCCGAGUUCAAAGCCUUUGUCGUCAAGAUCCUGCCGCUCUACUUCGCACACCCCGAGAACGGCGGGCCGGAGCAGUUCGAGCAGGCUUGGGCCAAGACAACCGCCUGUCUCUGGGCGUAUGGGGCCUACUACGGAGCGGAUAAGAGUGAGGCUGGGCAGUGGGACCAGUUCUCGGAGUUGGGAAAAGUCCAGACGCGCAAGAUGCUCGUUCUUGUUGGGAAGCAGGAUCGUUGCUGCGGCCCGGAGGUCAGUGAGGCUGUUGCGCAAGGGGUCAAGGGUAGCCAGCUGGUUGUUCUCGACGACUGUGGCCACUUCCCAUGGGUUGAGGGUGGGGAGGAAUUUUGGAAAGUGUUGGAGGGCUUCUUGAGUGACUGA